AUGUUCCCGCUGGUGGCGUGGACGUUCAUUACCACAAUUGGCAUCGACUUCAAGAUCAAAAACAUCGACCUAGACUCGAAGCGAAUCAAGCUGCAAAUCUGGGACACGGCGGGGCAGGAGCGCUUUCGCACCAUCACCACUUCCUACUUCAGAGGUGCACAAGGAAUCCUUCUGGUUUACGACGUGACGGACAAGAAGUCCUUCAGCUCCAUCCGGAACUGGGUCGCGCAAAUCCAGCAGCAUGCGGACGUUGCCGUAAACAAGAUUUUGAUCGGCAACAAGUGCGACAUGGAUGAGGACCGGGAGGUGAGCAGGGAGGAAGGGGCGCAGCUGGCAGCCGAGUACGGCAUACAGUUCUUCGAGACUAGUGCGAAGAACGAUAUCAACGUCGAGAAGGGGUUCAUCACCAUAGCGAGGGAGGUGAAGGACAGGCUCAUGGCAGACGGCCCCAACCCGGGUUCUCGCGCCUCGGGUAACGUUAACCUCAACGCACAAGCCUCGAAGAAAAAGGCGGGCUGCUGCUGAGGCGGCGGCGGCAGCUACGGGUUUGUCUGGGGCAGGGGGGUCCUGCGGAGAGGACCAGGACGGGGAAGGGGGGGCCCGGGGGUAGGGAAGCUUUUGUGCUGUCUCCUACGGCAUACCACGGCCGAACAUCAUUUGGUUUCAUUUGGUGGGGCGCGGCUCGGCCGGAGGAUGGGGGUGGGGCUCGGAUUCGGCGUUGGGUACACCCGCUGCGUGUCCUUUCCUGCGGAUGCGGCUUGGAAGGAGGAAAGACACGAAGCGAUUGUGUGUGUGUGAGUUGGGUGGUGGGGUCAGGCCCUGCUGCUCGAAAUCCAACACGACGCGCAGCGAGAUUCGUGGGCCAUUCAUGGAUGGAUGUAAGAGCCAAACUGUCCGGACGACGGGAAUUGAGUACCGGGGGUGGGGUGGGGAUCGGGUUGUUUAAUGGUCAAGGUUUGAAUUUUGUCGGGCUGUUCCCGGUAGUAUUACAAGGUAAAGGUGUCUUCUGGCGACGCCCGUUGGUUGAAUUGAAAGCGCAAAUCUGCACUGGGGGCCGUCUCCCUGUGCCCCCACCAGACAGUCUACCUCGAGCGUAGUACCGAUCGCUUAGUUGGGUUGAAUUGAGGAGCGCAGGUGCAGUGGGCUGCCGUAGAGAGAUUUGGCGGGGCCGGGAAUGGAAUGGCCAUCUUCGUCAUCUUCGUCCUGCACCACUUGCACGCGAUGUAUCUAAGGUAGAUUCUCAAACCCAUGGUUUUGGUUUUUGUCUAUGUUAUCGACGAGACUAGGCUAUUAGUACUGUAAUGUGCCGGUGAAAUCGGUGUCAUGUUUAACGCAGGAGGAAAAAACAAGGAAUGCGCAUUGAAAGUGUUUUGCGUGGCACAGGACUGGAUUUAUAACUCCCGUUUGGGGUCCGUUUUUUUUUUUUCCGGGAGGGGAUCAGGGCACGCGAAAGGUGAUGUUCGGUGUUGCCAACUCUCCCCCUCGUUCCCCCCUCCCCCCAUGAAGUAGUUGUGAGGGUCGACAAGGGUAACUGUUUCUACUCGCCACGUUUUUUUUUUUCAGGUCGGUCGAGAUACAAGUAUGUCCACAAUCGGUUGGUCUUCUUGUUUGGCUUCAGGUGCGGAUUGAGCUAGCUUAAAAAGGGACCACACCUCGUUGCCUAUCUCCUCCCUCUUGCAUUGCACCGAGAGGAAGAAAAAUUGGUUGGUGGAAAAAUGGUGCCGAGAUAGCGCACGAAACAUGGCAUAUUGCGGGCCUUGCCACCCACGAUGCGACGUGUGUUUGGGAGCGAGCUACACCAGCAGUACAGUGCUAGUAGCGGUCCCGGUAUGAUGCCGGUGCGAUCCCAGCCGAUUUCACCGGCAUUAUUCCGACCGGCUUUGUACCAAGACCAAAGACUGCUUUAGUGAAGUGCUUGUUUGAGGGAGGAGCCUAUAUAGUUUAGGUGACCCCGGUGGAGAAAGUGCCUGUGGGGGUACGCAACGACGCAGGUUUCAUAGAACACGGCGUCACAACGUGCGAGGUGUGUCAUGACAAGAGAGUGGCAGAGACGUGGCGAUCAGGCGAUGCAUGAAACAAACAAACGUGAUCGUUCUUCUUACAGACGAAAGGUGACUUGUAUCGUAUGUUCGCGGAGGAAUCAAUUGUUCGGUCAUGUGUCUUGAUGUUUUGCUCGCGCACGUGUAAGUGUAGCUCACACUCGGUCUGGAUGAAACGAGGUUGUUCACCAAAAGUC